CGAGCCGCGGCGCGCACGGAGGCUGUCCCGCCUGCCACAAUGCACGGUGGAACUGCGACCACAACUUGCAGGGGUCGUGCUUAACGUCGCCGCUGCUCGACGUCCCUAAGACUGGCCGGCUCUGACGCCGCACGCGGACCCUCCUCACUGGAGCCCCCCAUGCGCUCACCCUCCAGUGCCCAGCCAGGCGGACGCGGAGCCGCGCGGGUGACGGCAGAAGCGGCUACGCGCCCAGCCUAGCCCAGCCCAGCCGGAGAAGAGGGCGCGCCGCGCCCCCGCCCCCCGCCGCUCUCCGGAGGCCGUGGGUGCGGAUGCGCCGCUGACGACUCCAGCGAGAGCACCGCGCGCCCGAGCCCGCAGCAUGGCAGCCGCCGCCUAUGUGGACCACUUUGCCGCCGAGUGCCUCGUGUCCAUGUCCAGCCGCGCAGUCGUGCACGAGCCGCGGGAAGGACCUGAACCCCGGCCCGAGGGCGCGGCCGCCGCCGCCCCCACACUGCCCCGCGUUGACGAGCGCCGCGACGGCAAGGACAGCGCCUCGCUUUUCGUGGUAGCUCGGAUCCUAGCGGACCUCAACCAGCAGGCGCCGGCGCCCGCCCCCGCGGAACGCAGAGAAGGGGCCGCUGCGCGCAAGGCGAGGACCCCCUGCCGCCUGCCGCCGGCGCCCCCUGCGCCGCCGCCCGGCCCAGAGCCCGCCUCCCCGGGACAAGCGGGCGCGCCGGCCGCGCCCCCCAGCCCCGCGUGGAGCGAGCCCGAGGCGGCAUUGGAGCCAGAGCCCGGCCCCGCGGGGAGCGGCGAGCCUGGCCUCAGACAAAGGGGUCGGCGGGGCCGGAGCCGCGCGGACCUCGAGUCCCCGCAGAGGAAGCACAAGUGCCACUACGCGGGCUGCGAGAAAGUUUACGGGAAAUCUUCGCACCUCAAGGCGCACCUGAGAACUCACACAGGUGAGAGGCCUUUCGCCUGCAGCUGGCAGGAGUGCAACAAGAAGUUCGCACGCUCAGACGAGCUGGCGCGGCACUAUCGCACGCACACGGGCGAGAAGAAGUUCAGCUGCCCCAUCUGCGAGAAGCGCUUCAUGCGGAGUGACCACCUGACGAAGCACGCACGCCGCCACGCCAACUUCCACCCGGGCAUGCUGCAGCGGCGUGGCGGGGGCUCGAGGACCGGCUCGCUCAGCGACUACAGCCGCUCGGAUGCCAGCAGCCCCACCAUCAGCCCGGCCAGCUCACCUUGAGCACCCGCGCCCGGACCGCGCCUCCUUGCCCGCCCCUUUGGUAAUAGGAAAGCUGAGUGAACUUGAGAAGUCCACAGCAACAGUUUUCUUCACCUCAGGUGUCAAUUUUUAACAAAAAGGAAAAAAAAUCUCAAAAAAAAAUAAAAAAUUAAAAAAAAAUAAAAAGACCACCCACAAAUUGCACAAUACAGCUAUCCACGAAGUUGAGAUUCAGCGGUGUUGAAAUCCCCCCUUUCUCAGGGAUGAACGCGGUCCACCAGGUCAGUGAGGGCAUGCCUUUCUGCCGCCUUACUUUGUACAUAGAUUUGCACUCUGGAGCUUUCUGUGAGGUUUAGGAUUACAUUGGGGGCAGAACAGGACAGCUGAGACAGAGCUGUGGUCACUGGUAUUGUGCUUUCGCAGUAGACCCUCUCCCGCCUACCCCACUCAGUUUUGGUCCUCUGCCCCUUGGCCUGGCUUAGAGCACAGGUGGGUCUGAGGGACUAGCCACCUCCCAGGGAUGUGGUAAGCCAUGACAGACCAUGGGAACACUUGCCUAUGGAACUGUGGAGGACACCUGCCUUCUAAGACUGGGCCUGCCUUCCUGCCUGCCUGCCUGCCUAUCUACCUGCCUCCAGAAAUCCUUGGGAAAAUGGAGGCCAGAUGCAAACCCUGCCUGGAUUGGCAUAUCAUUGUUGCCAACAACCCGUGGAGGCGGCUGGGCCCUGCCUGCCCUACAAGAGGGCACCUGGGACCCUUCACUAUCACACCAUGUUCUCAGACUGGGAAAUAGUGCCCUGGGCACAUUGUACUGAAACUGAUUUCCCCCAAAAUUGGUGUUGUUUUUAUCCAGCUCCCUAAGCUCUCGUGCCCCGGGCCACUGGACAGGACCAUCACGACCCCUCUGCCUCUUCAGUCUGUGAGUGUGGCAGCACUCAUACAUCCCACAGGACUGAUGGUGGCAAAGGCGGCGUUAGUUAACUCCUCAGAGCAGCACACACAGCAGGUGUUGAAGGAGAUGCUAUUGGAGAAACAAGGAUUCUGCGUCUCUGGGGGACACCGCAUGAAAAUUGUGGGAAUCGCUUUCCCAGAUUCUUGGGUACAGACUUGGCAAACCCACAGUUCCACACUGUUGCAUUACCCACUUUUCUGUCCUGCUUCUGCCUGCCCUGCCUGGGAGCACCCAAACCACACCCAGUCUGCAGUGUAGGUUAGGGGAGGGGUGGGCAGCCUGCUGGUAGGACAGCUGGAGUAAACCAGGCCUGUUCUAUUUUUCCUGGAGCCCAGACCUGAGCUACAUCGGCUUCAGGUGCUGGGCCUUGUCAGCAAGACCAUGUUCUGGUUGUCUGGUUGCCUGGUUGCUCCUUUGCAGAUACUUGGAGUGUCAUCUGCUCCCACCCCACAGAGGCCCAGGCAUUUCUUCCCCUUCUCAAAAAAAACUGGGGCCUAGGACCACAAGGCCCCAGGACUGGAUAUGUGUGUGUGCGUGUGUUUGUGCACAUGUGUGUGUGUAUGUGCGUGAGUAUGUAUUGGGUGGCGGGUGGGUUUGGGAUGGACAUGGUUAAUCUUACAGAGACCUCUCUUCAUUUUGAUGUGGAGGACCGGCCUCUGUGACUCAGAGGGUUGUAGAUGGGCUUCCUGGGCCCAGUGGGCCUUGGUUGUGGCCAUUCUGCCUCCACCCCAACCCUCACACAGUGUGUGUGUGAAUGUGAGAGUGUGUGUGUAUGUGUAUGUGUGUGGCGCGGGACGGCACAGGGAAAGCCCAGAGACCGUGCCCUGCAGUGUCCGGCUAUUGUCAUGUGGCUCCCAUGUGGAUCUCAGGCACCCCUUUCUAACUACCUGUGUCAACUAUGAGAGGCUAAUGGCAUAUGGUGGCUUCUGGUGGCACAGUAGGUGCUGAGUUAGGCUGUGGCAUUGUUGCUGCCAAAAGCAGGCACGGUGGGUGGGGAUGGGCCCUGCCCUGGUCCACUGCAAAGCUGGUAACAGCUCUGCUUGCAUUUCAUCUGGGGAAGAGAAUGGGGUGCAUGGUCGUCGGGACCUUGACUGGAGGGAACCCUGGGUGCUUGGGGUGUGGCAAUCUUCAUGCUGAGUUCCAAAGUGUAGUCCCUCCCAAAGUCAUUUGUGUGAGGCAGAGAAAGCCACACUCUGAACACAUUUCAUGUCUCAGGAAUUCACAUUCCAGAUUCAGGAAUUUUAUUCCAAAGUCCUUUGGUGCACCUACAUCCACAUUUCUGAAGACAGAGGCAGCAGUGUGCCCCAAAGGCCAGCCAAGGUCUCUCCUUGGGAGGAGCCGGGUGUCUCCCUGUGUCUCCCUGUGACCUAUGUACCCACAGAGUCACAGCAGGAGGUUUUCUAACUCCAUCACUGUCUGCACAUAGGAAGGAUAAAAGGACUCUAAGCCCCAUCAUCUUGGAAUAAAAGAAAGAGCUGGUUUGUUUUAGAGCGGGUUGGGGGGAGGGGGAGGGAGAGCGGGCGUAGGCUGUUUCCAAAGAGAGCACUUAAUUUAAUUUUUCCUCUGAAUGACCCAGGGCUGUUCCAUCUGAUAGAUGGAAGGGUAAUGUUGCCUUAAAACAGAAAUAUGCAGGCGUUGGCUAUUUUCGGCAAAUGAACGUGUCUUCAUUCCCAAAGUGGUUCUCCUUUAAUGGCAGGGUGUGGCCCUUUCGGCCUGGGGCCAGGGCACCCCUCAUAGACCCCCCUGUAUCAUCUGGGGCUUCAGUUCAUCUCAUCAAGGGGUGGGAGGAAGGAAGGAACAUGAUUAGCUUCACUUCCAGUGGCUUCUCAUUAGGUUCCCAUCUUGUCAUAAACAAGGGAUGCCUUCUAAGACGCAGUGUCUUCCCAGACUGGGUCUGUUGCAGGAUCUUUGAGGUUUUUUUUUUUGUUGAGGUUUAUGGCCAUAUUUUCUGGUUUGAUUGACUGAGGAACCCGUAGGGUGCCCAGGAAUAAUACUGGAAAGUCAGAUCUUUAUUUCCGGGAUGGGAAGCAGAGAUCCCACAGUGAAAGUGCCUGAGUGAAGGGAGAGUUCCCCACAGCAGCGGCUAAGAGGAGCUCUGGCCUUCAGCCACCAUGGGGCUGGAGUUCAGCUCAUGUCCCAAAUGAGAAAGUCCCUCUUUGCAUCAGCCAUAUUACGGGGCCACUGUCUGUUCCCCAGAUGCCUACUGAAUCCUACAGCCAUACAGAAAAUAGCCCUUUCCAAAGAGGGCCUUCGGUUCUCUCUUGAUGGGUGCUACGUAGGGAUGGACAGUGAUGCCCUUGAUGGGUGUGUGGUCCUGGAGGUGCCCUGCCUGUGUCCUGCCACACCCCCUACUCACAGGACCCGAGAUGCAAAGGCUCCCCACCUCCAGCCCACACCGUCGAAACCUUGUUCCGAGGCCAGCACUGGGGCAGGUGCACAAUCCUGCACCCUUGUGACCCCAGGGAGGGGUGCUUUAGAUGUGGGGAUGGAUGGGGGAAGGUGACAUUCUGUGGUCCCAAGAGAAAUGUGGCAGAACAGAGGGUUUACCUUUCAAGACUAAUGCCUCUCGGCCCCACUCCGUCCAGAAGACUGGCCCCUUUUCUCGCCAGAAGCAGGUGCUACGAUGGACUGCACAGGGUCACAGCAUUUCCUAGAGGCUUCAGCUGGGAUCUCCUCCCACAGGGCCCCUCCGUGGGAGCCUAACCUGAGCAGUAGCUGGGCCUCUUUCUCCGCUCCUGAUGGUGGCUUUGUUUACAAGGCUGCCUAUUUUGACUUCUGACAGGUGUUACCCAUUGUCCCUCCCCUCCUCCUGCCCCACUUCACAAAAGGUCAUUUGGUCAGAGACCGUGCGGGAAGGUUUGUGUGUAGUCAUGUUAUGAUCAGUAAGAAAUGCUUCGUAGGUCACCCUUUUUUUUUUCCUGUCCAAAGUUUCCAUCUGUCUGUCCUAGUGGUUAUAUCUUUCAAAGCUAAAAUCCAGAUGUUUGACUCACUGUUUUGAAAUCAGGAUGGCACUAGGAAGAGCCAGGUCCUGUGACUAAUUUUCCUGAUUCUGAGUCUUCGAAGGUUUGUCCUGGAUACAUUCCAGAGAAUUUUGUGCCCGAACAUGGACACACAGUCCAGCUUAUCACUGAUCCAGGCCUGAGCACUGCUGAGGGACAGGCCUUCCUCUUGGUGGCCUAGAGGCCCGCCCCAGUCCACCAGGGAAGGGACGUGUGAUUGGUUUCUUUGACCCCUACGGAGUGGACUUGCUCUGAAACUCUAGCCCAGCCCAGUCGAGUGUCACCCCACCCCCACCCCUCAUCUCACACAGCUUUAAAACUUUACUACUUUUAUUUAGAAACAAACAGGAUGGCAGAGAAGACACCUCCCCCACAUUCCUGGGGGUGGGCAGGAAACUGGUCAGGCAUGAGGGCGGGUUUUCUCCCCGCUGUUUCCCUAGAGUACUUACUGCGGUCAGCGGCCUGUGCUCAUUCCCCUCAGUGCCUGUGGGCCAGGUUGCCUGUCUCAGUACUGAGACCCUAGACUUUGGAGAAUUCCUCCCCCAGGAGUAGCUAGAUCUACUCUUGUGACUCAGACACUGCCUGGUCAUCUGCUCCAGUGGCCUACCUGAUUUACAGUGUCUACCAUAGUACGUGGGUGGAAGAAUCUUUCUGUUCCCUCACUGCACACUGGAGAGGCCCUGGGUACCGAGUGUGGGGACCCCAUGGACAGUACCCUAAGGCUCCCUGCUGAGCCACUAUGCAUUGUGGGGUCAGAGCUCCUGUCCCUCCUUGGUGACUGGAAAUCCCUGCUGUGGUUUUGUCGGACAGGCCUGGGUGACUGCUUCCCAUCCAAAGCCAUCGGUGGAACUUUUGUGGGAUCCUUUGCCAAAAUCCCAAGGCAAAAUCCAAGGGUCCAAGGCCAUUUCCAUCAGGUUCCCACUUAGAUUUUCCAUAGGAACUUUUUUUUUUUAAACCUAGCUCCCAACAUGCUUCCAAAGGCCAUGUUCCGUCUUUCCUGGAUCACUACAGUGAAGUAUUACAGUUGUACAGUUUCCCAAUCUGGCCUUGGCUUGCUCGGAUAAAACUUUGUUAUGUAUUUUGUAAGGCAUAGAUUCUAUAUUGUAAUGUCCUAUGCAAAAGAAAAAAAUUAAUGAAAUUGUAAAUUUUAUUGUUUUAACAUGUAUGCAUGUUUAGUGACGUUUACAUUUUGAAAUAAAAUUUAUGAUUCAUUA